UCUAUGGUCGCCAUUUUUUUGCUGCGAACGGCUGGCGUGGCGGGCGGUGGUGAAAAUAAUUGUGAAAAUAUGAAGUGCAAUGUGAAAUAAAGGGACCAAGAAAAGAAAAUAGGGCGGCGGCUGAUUGAUUAAGUUUAUUGUGUCUGAGUGUGCAAGCAGUAUUAACGUUGCAAUUGAUUAAAGCAUCGAUCACAACACACAUAACCAGGCACGGUAGUGGCACCAAUUCACGCGAUGGAGGCGCCGCCGCCGCCGCCGCCGCCGCCCGAGGAGCGGCCGGCCGACGUGUGCCGCAACUACGUGUGGGGCACGUGCCGCAAGUAUGCGCAGUGCCGCUUCCGACACGAGCUCAACUUCGAGGAGAUGAAGACCAUCCUCAAGUUCUGCCACGACCACCAGAACAUGGAGACGUGUCCGCGCAAGGGCUGCACCUACCUGCACACGUCCAAGGAGGAGGAGAAGCUGUUCCUUGAGACGGGCGCGAUCCCCCGCGACCUGGCGGAGCGCCACGCCGCCAUGGCCGCGGCCGCGACCAGCCGGGGGCGCCGGCCGCCCGCCCCCGCCUGCCCGCGCGCCUUCGUGCCGCCGCCGCCGCCGCCCACCCCCGCGCCGCCCCCGCCACCGCCCGCCGCCCUGCCGCCGCCGCCGCCGCCUAUGCUGCCGCCGCCCGCACAGUACACUGAAGGGGCAUAUUAUGGUCCUGUCCCACACCCCACCUACACCGCAGCCAGCAACAACCCACCACCACCAAUACCUGGAUUUGAUGCCAGCCGGCCACCACCUAUAUUUCACAAUAUAGUAGGCAAGAGAAAAUCCUCGAAUGCAUAUGAAGCCACGCCGAGUAAGGCCGCGAAGGGAGCCCUCGCGCCCUGCGCUGAAUGUGCUCAGCUCAAGACAAGAGUUGUUGAGAGUAAACAACUCAUUGAACAAUCAAUAAACGAAGAAGCAGAUCGCAGUCUGCUGCUUAAAAAGAAGUUGGAAGACUAUGUGACGAGGAAACAGCUUCUUCUGGCGCUUGUGCCGCCAGACAAGGCGAGGGAGGUGGAAGCAUUUAUUGAGGGCACGCCCGUCGUGCAAAAGGAGGCCCACGCCCAGUGGGCGAACCAAACUACCAACAGAAUUUCAGGUACCACCUCAGUGCCUCAUCAGAUCCUGGUCGUCCUGGGCACCAACAGCCUCGGCCCAGACAAGAAGUUCCAGAACAUGGACGAGACCACCCUGCUGGAGAGCCUCCGGCGCACGCUCCAGCAGCAGACGCAAGGGCAGGAGGAUAUGUCGUCGCUGCUCAGCACCGUGGCCUCCGUCAUCACCACCAACACCUCGUCCACGGAGGUCGUGCAGGGGAUCCUUAACUACCCGCCACCGCAUGAAGUGAACAACGGGUACGCCCCGCGGCCCGCGCUGCCUACCUCCUACCCUCCGUUCCACCCGACGCUGCCGCCGCCCGUUUACCCGUCGCCGCCCGCCUACCCGUCGCCGCCCGCCGCCUACCCGCCGCCCUCGCCUUACAACCAUCUGCCCCCGCGGCCGGACGGCAGCAUGAUGGCGGCGCUGCCCCCCUCGACCAUGGAGGUGUCCCACGGGUACGCGCCGCCCGGCGGCUUCCCACCCCCGACCCACACCAACCCGUCAUACCAGCCGGUCGCAUCCACGUCGGCGCAGCGGCCGCCCGCGCCUCCGCUGCCUCCAGCCAAGAACUACAACCAGUACACCUUCGGAGUCUGCCAGAACAUGUCCUCAUCCUACCACUACACCACGUAUCAGUAGCGUAUAAAAGUGUGGUGGGAGCAUCGCCGCGGGGACUCCUAGCGACUCCGGGCCCCGCCCUCUCUCCCGUCACGACACACACACACAAACACGUAGAUCUCAAUAUUUUGUAAGUGUUGGGCAACGAAGGUUCAAGUGGAAAAUGGUAUGACAAGGUUUAGAGCAGGGUUUUUACACGGACUUUGUGGAUAGCGGGUACGCUCCGAGAUGUUAUUUGGUUAAUGCGGUUGUGUGUUUUAUUACAUUAGCUUAAGGGGGCUUUGUGCCUGAACUUGGGUCAUUUGUAUAUGGGAUAUUUGUGUAAAUAGAUCCCCUUAGACACAACAUUUUAUUUUAAGCGAGUUUUAUUAUAAUAAUAAUGUGUAAUUCGUAGAUGUAAAAAUUAUUAGUUUUGUAACAUAGACAAUAUAGACAUACAUUUCACUGGUUUCUGACCAUCUC